CGCCAUUGUCACAGGAACAAUCCCUUGGUGGCUGCCGGCGGGCGCGCAGCGUGCUGUUAUGGCGUGGCUACGUGUUGCAUGAGUUUAUAUAUUGGUUUCAGGUCUGUGGAGCGGCCAUAUUGCCAAGUGUUGAGGAUUACUGUCUAGUGCUGAUUGCAGGUACUGACUCAUGUGACUGACAGGCGGCUCUGAUGCUGAAUCGUGUAAGGAUUCAGGGGUGUGCAUGAGAAGAUGGCACAGUCAAGAAGGAAAGACUUGUACCCCUGCAAAGCUUGUCAAAAGUCAUUCUCUCGGUACACUAAGCUACAGCAUCACAUGACCUUUCACACUGUAGAGGAGAACAUGUUGUAUGGUGAUGUUUUCUCCUGUACAUGGUCCAGUCCUAAGAAGCAGAUGAGGCAGGUGAAGCGAGUCCAGCAUCAUUGUGCAAUAUGCCAGAAGAGGUAUUUACAUUCAGGUUACUAUAAGAAACAUAUGUGGAAUGCACAUGAAAUUCAUGUAAAAUCCAUACCUCUUACUGUAAGCAAAUGUGAAGGAUUAUCUGAUGGUUGCAAAGAUUCUAGGAUGGUUAUGAAAGGGAGAAGAAAAGACAGAACAUCUAUAACAACUAAAUGUAGGCAGAGGAAUCGCUAUGAAUGUUCAGUUUGCAGAAAGACAAUGACACAGUUUUCUACCCUGAAAGCCCACCAGAGGAUACAUACUGGGGAAAGACCUUACCAGUGUCAAAUCUGCUCUAAGACCUUUACCUUUUACCAAUGUCUCUGGAACCACUCAUGGAGCCACAAAACUCAGAAAUCUUUUCCUUGUGACAAGUGUCCUAAGAAAUACCAUUAUUAUCAGAAUCUUUGGAAUCACUAUAAAGUUCAUAGUGAUCAUAAACUUUUCACUUGUGGCAUGUGUAAGAUGAAUUUUACUAACUCUAGUGAGCUUAUAUAUCACAUGAAGGAUCACCCUGAAUACCUUGAAGCUGAAAUAAAAAGUUGUGGAACUAGAGACCUCAUGACAUCUGAUAUGAAUGAAAUGCCCUUCAUGUGUGACAUUUGUUGCAGGAGUUUCAGACUCAAAGUAUCACUUAUGUCACACAUGAAAAAGUGUCACAGUUUCAGCAAUGCCAUAAAACCACAGUUGUCUUUCCAGAAAAGAGAGAAAUGCAAAGAUAUUGCUCUUCAAGAAAACAGUACAGGGCUUGCCCCCAAAGCAAAGAGAGGUUGUGGCAGCCCUAGAAAAAGUGCUACAAAACCACAGAUGUCUUUCCAAAGAAGAAAGAAACACAAAGAUAUUGCUCUUCAAGAAAACAGUACAGGGCCUGCCCCCAAACCAAAGAGAGGUUGUUGCAGGCCCAGAAAGCAUACUGGGUUGGAAAAAUUGAAAAGAGAUGUUAUUAACAAACAAUACAAAAAACACAUGAAAGAGAAUCCUAUUUGCUCUGGCUGUAACAAAACAUCUACAUAUUGUGUGUGUAUUGCUGUUCUCAAUGACAAGAGGAUCUUUCCAGAGUCAUCAUUGCGAAGGUCAAGCAGACUGAGAGGGGAGAAACUGACGUUGUCAAAGUGUAAAACGUGUUGUCAGUGGUUUGCUUCUGUCAGUGAAUAUAAGGAGCACCUAAAGCAACAUGCAGUUACUAACCUUUUUAAAUGUAAACACUGCAGGAAGAAUUAUAAGUCUAAAUCAUGGCUAUCAAGGCAUCUAUAUUUCAUACACAGAGAUACACUAGGGGAGAGUUUCAAGAAGGUUAAAUUAAUAAAGAAACUUGAUGGAAAAAAUAAUUGCACAUGUUCAUAUUGUGGCACAAGAUUUUUAUCAUACAGUGAUUACAAAAAUCACAUUUUCUGUCAGUCUUGUACAUGUGGUCAACAGUUCCAGUGUGCAUACAUUUUCUUUUCCCAUGCAUCCAAAUGUACAGGCAGUAAUGCUCCUGUAUGGAAAGGGCCAGUAGACCAGAGCCAAGAGUCUGGAGAUUCUACCCUCAUUUUCAGAAUUAAAGAGAGUGUUCAUGAUGAUUUGCUGAAUCAGAAUAAUAACAGUUUUGCUGGAGAAGAAAUAAGGGAAGCUUCCCACAUAUUCACUGCUGAAUUAGCUGAGGAUAUUGAUACAAAUGAUUCUUUUCUUUCAUCUCCCCCCUCUGCUGACCUUUAUAUGUCUGAAAGGUGGUGCAUGCAGCUUACCAGUGAUUCAUAUUCCUCAAAAAACUUGCCUGUUACAGCAACCAUUGAUCAAGCAAAGGAAAAUGGUUCAUCUGAUGCAGGAGAUACAUUGCUUGUUCCACGGAAUCCAUGGUUUAUUUCACAGAAUCCAUGGGAUGUUCCACAGGAUCCAUUGUUGACUCCACAGGAUAAAUUGUCGGCUUCAUGGGAUACAUUACUUGUUCGAGGAGAUCCAUAGUUGUUUUCAGAAGUUUCAGAGAGAUCAUUGUUCACUAACAAAGUAAAGUCUUGUAAAGAACUAGGUAACCUUGCUCAAGUUGGUCAAAAACAGAUUAAUGUGAAACAGAAUUGUCACUGUAUACUUUGUGGUCAGCAACUCUCUUCCUUAUCUGAGCUGAGCAUUCACUGCAAACCAUGCAUCAGAUCAGGGAGAUUUAGUGUGAGGUCUUGGAAGGGAUUGAGUUUUGUAGUAGCACUUUGUGAGGACCCAUACAUUUUUCCCAAAGCUUUUAUUUUAAUUUCAGGUAACAGUACAUUAAAAGAUAAUGAUGUGUAUUUUUGUGAAAAUUCUGGAGCUGUAUGAAAUGUACUUUUGUUUUAUAUAUUUAUUUAUAUAUUUUUAAUUCUGUUAUUUCAUUUCUGAAUAAGGAAUUAUGGGUAGUUUAAUGAUGAAGAAGAGCUGGAACAGAACUUUGUAGGCCU